AUAACUAUUUUUAGGUUAUUUGAAACCUUUAUGUUGAAUUGUCAAUAAGAAAUUUUAUAAUAACGAUGUCAAACGCAAAAAUGAAUGUAAAAUGAAUAAGGAUUGGAGAAUUUCUUUAGCCUCACGAAACAAAUUGUUUUAUAAUGAUAUUCCAUAUGUCCCUAUAUUAGUGGAAGAUAUUUAUACAUAUGUUGCUUUCAAAGAUCAUGAGAAAAAUGGAGUUAAAACAAUACAAACAUUGGGACAACUUGUUCCAAAAACUGAAACUCGUGCUACUCUCGUGUCUUUGACUCCUGGAAAUAAUACUGUAUUCCCAAUUAGUUUUAAAAUCUUAAAUAUUAAUGAUAUAUAUAUUGAAGAUUCGAAUCAAAUAUAUUGUCCAAUAUGGAAAAAACAUAUUAUAUUUAAAAUAUAUGGAACCUUAAAGAUAGAAGAAUGCGAAAAUAUUUUAGAGGUUUCCCAUUUGGUCCCAAUACAAGAUAUUGAUGGAACAUGGGAUGCAAUGACAACAUCAAGUAUAAUUGCAUGUUCAGAAUAUCGCCACUAUUAUCGUACCAAAGGCCAGAAUAAUAUGUUAAAAUUACAAUGGAAUAAAAUGGAAAAAGAAAAUAAACGGCUUACAAAAGAAAUUGUAAAUACUUUAUAAAAUGUUGAUAAUGUUAAUUGUAAAUAUAUUUAUAAGAGAGUUUAUUACAUU